GCGCGGAAGGCACGGGCACGGACACGGGCACAGGCACAGGCACAGGCACAGGCACAGAGACGGCACCCAGCGCGGCUCCCCGCCGCCUUCGGAGCGCACGCUGCGUUUGGGGCUGUUCAUUCGCUUUUUUUCCUUUUUUUUUUUUUUUUUAAUCGCCCGGGACUGGAAGCGGGAGCCGCGGAGCUGAAGCUGCUAUGCCCACUGAAAUCAGCCGGGCCGUGAAAAUGCACACCAUCUCCGACCUGCACUCAUCCCUCAGCGUGCGGCUGCUCAACAAGGGGCCGGAGUACCUCCGCCGGCAGCUGGGGGCCGGCACCCCCGGCCGGAGGAGCGCGGCGGAGAGGCUGGCAGCCGAUAAGGCCAAGUAUGUGAAAAGUCAGCAGGUAAUCAGCACCAAGCAGGAGCCCGUCAUCGUGCUCAGCUCGGCCUCGGAGUGCAGCAGCGAGACCUGCUCGGUGGAGAGCACCAAAACGAGCAGGGACUUGGGCAGAGGGAAGGGCGCGAAGCCGCUGGAGCGGGCGAAGGCGGGGUGCGCCUGGAGGGGCCCCCUGCAGCACGGCCCCCCCAUCGCCCGGCGCAGCACCCCCAGGAGGCAGGGCCGGCCCGACUCCCUGGUGAUCUACCGCCAGAAGUGCGAGCUGGGGAGAGGGCAGAGCCAGGAAGGCUCUCGAGGCAGCUUGGUGAGGAGGUUCUUCCAGGGGCCUGGCAAGGAGAAGCAGUUUGCUUCCCCUGGGGUGCCCAGAGUCAUUAUGGAGGACAGCGCGCCCACCGAGAGCAAAGAGCCUCUCCCGGCUGAACUCGCUGUCUGUGAGCCCAGCGACUGUGGAGCUGAGCAAGCCAUCACAGUGAGCACCGAAGAGCCAGGGGGUUGUACAACAGAGCGUGAGAAGCCCUCCACAUUGCCUGCACCUCCUGAAGAGGUCAAGGAGGUGAAGAGGAGAGGUCUCCAUCGCUCCCAGUCAGACAUCAGCUCUCGCUACUCCAAGUCUUUCUCUGACACGUUCUUCAAGUACUGUGGCCUCGAGCAGGAGGUCAUCGAGGAUCUGGGGAGAGAGAACUUCUCGGUGGUGUCCGACAACGUCUCCUUCAAGAUCCGCAGCAUCAGCGUGGCCACGUCUGAGAGCGACUUCACGCGGCACAGUGGGGACGAGGGGCUGCUGGAGGACGAGCUCACCGAGCAGGUCCCCAGCAGCACCUCGGUGAUCGAGCGCAACGCCCGCAUCAUCAAGUGGCUGUACACCUGUAAGAAAGCCAAGGAGAGCAGCAAGGCGAUCCAGGAACUGGCGUGAUGGCUUCCUGCAGCGUGUGCUGCAGCCUGGCGAACGCAAGAAUCCUUGACUUGGAAGUUGAACAAGACCAGACACAGAAAGAAGCUCUUCCCUCAUCUGGCUCGUGACUACUUUAUCCAAGUUCAGUAUUCUUGCCUCUUUCCCUUGCCCUCGUCCCCUGGCAGCCUCACUCUUGUCACAAGCACAGGGAUGUCCAAGAGCGUGAUGACAACUGGAGAUCAUGAACUGUGCUGCAGCAAGGCAACAGGAAAUGAAAAGUCCCAGGAAAGCAAAGCAUGCCAUUAACGGGGAUGUCCAACAUCAAGUCAUUGCCCCAGGAUGUCACUCCAGGCUGUGGCGGAAGGUCUGUGUCAUGUGCCCAUCUCUUUCCAGUAAUGCUUGUCAGCAGGGAUGGGAGGAGAAAGUAGGGAUGAAGUGACAGUGACCCCUGAGCUAGGCGUAUCCCUGCAGGCAAGCUGGCUCUGCCCAGCUUUUCAAAGGCCCAGUCCCAUGAGGGCUGUUUGACCAGGGCUCAUCCUGGCAUCAAAUGUUUGCCUGGCUGGUGAAGAGUAGCUGUGGCAGCUUUAUCUGGGGGAUUUGGCAAACACAUUGUAAGCUAAAUCUCUGUCAAGCCUCUUCUUAAUGGUAUUCAAGCCACAUUGUGGUACCUUGUGUCUGUCUAGUUUGCUCUGUCUUACAGUGUGCUCAGUCAGUGGGGAGGAAUAGCUUUUCAAAUACUGCCCAAAAUCUUUUCAGCAGCACAGUUCCAAGAAACAGGUAGUAAAAAAAAUAGGGUUGCCUUCCUGCAGAAUGGUCCAGUUCACAUUUAUGCAGGCUCCUCCGCUGUGCUUGCAAUAUCUCUGACUACCGCAGGGGGUUUAAUUGCAAUGUUUGGCAGUUCAUGGCUCAGCACCUUGCAUUUUAUGCACCGUGAGUGAGCAGUUGGCUUGUAGAACUGUAUUAGGAAACUGUAUACCAGGCUAUGCAAGACCAAACUUCACUAGUGUGGGUCUGGAGUGGUGUUGUGCUUGGGAUGGACAGGAUGGCAACCCUGCACUGUGGGCCAGAGGACCUGUUAGGGACUGUGCCAGGUAGAUGUCCUCGUGAGAUAAGAUCCAGUGUAGAGAGCACCUCACUCAAUAUUAUCAGUAGAAUGCUUCAUUUGAACUGGCCGAACGAAACAUGUUUCAAAAAUACUUUGGAUAACUAGAGUAGCAAAUGGGCCCUCUACAAUAACUUAUGGGCCUAGCUGGCCAUGCCCCAGGUACCCCAGUCUGUCAUCACUUACUAGAGAGUGUCUGAGACCAAAGGAUUUCUUUGGAUGUUAAAAAAUACGCAAAAAGAUGUGAAAUAAAAGCCAAUCAAAGCCAUUCCUCUUUUGGUCAUACCAAGGCCCACCAGCGACAGCUGUGCAUCUAGGAUUCCAGCUGGGCCUCCUGCAGAAGUUAUGCAUGAGCUCUGUGUUGCCACGGGCCUGGCUUCCUCCACACAGUCCUGGCCUUCAGCUGGCCCUCAGACCUGGGCUGUGGGAAGUCCAGAAAAAGCAGCUUUCAUUCUCCACAUUCCUACUUGCUCGCACAGACCUCUUUGGGCCUCUUCUGACUCAAAGCAGCCGCCAGAGAGACCAGGUGGAAGCAGAGCUCAAAUGAGCACAUGGGCUGCAUUUUUAAAGUGUUUGUUGCUCUUGAUAAAUAAGCCUGUUGGAGUGGAAAGGGCAACGGAGAGUAGUGGCACUCCUAGAAAACACCUAUCAUGGGAGGCCCAGUUUCCCAUUUGAACUUACACAAAUGUGGCACGCUGACAGAGUUGCUCCUGAAGCGCUCAUCAAGUGCUGCAGUUGACAACAGUUAAGUUCACAGCAAGAUGGCCAGGUUGCAUUUCCGUGUGUCGAAAGUGUGCUUGUCAGUCACUGGAAGGGUAGUUUGCAAUUACAGCAACUGUUGGAGAAUGCAGGGCACCUGCCUUCAUUUUCUAGCGUCACAUACUAAGGUCUACAUGUCUGAAAUUGUCUAGGUAGGUAGAUAACACUUCCUGAUAAAAUAAUUGUUGAACCUGUUUCAAAUUUAAGAAAACCAAACAGUUUGCAUGAGUGAACCUCUGCCAACUUAGAGGGAAGCUUGUACGUGGAGGUAUUUUUGUUAAAUAAUGAAAUUUUCAUGUGCAUUUGUUACAUUAUUUCUAAAGGAUAAUUAUUAGAAAACUACAACUUAAGAUUCUGCUAAUACGGUUUAUGCAGUUAAGGUGCAGUUUUUAAAGGUACAAAGACUUGGUUUAUUAGUCAGGAACACAACCUACUAUAUCUGUUAUUUUCAUGCUCACUGUGUGAGGUACUGUACCAUACAAGUAUUUAAGUGCUUUUGUCAGCGUCUGUUGACUACUUUGCAAUUUGACUGCAGACAGUUUAGAGUCCAGGAAAAAUCCUUUGUGUUUCAAAUCAGUGCCCCACUACAAUACAAGGGAAUUGUUUUGUUUUGUAUCCAGGGAAGAUUUUUUGUUUCAUUUUUAAACUUCCGUUUGUUUUGGCUUUUUAAGUUGAGCAGCUCUCAGCUUUCAAGUUAAGAUAAUAAUGCUAGGGAAAAAAAAAGGAAGAUGCCUUGGUAGUGUGUUUUCAGUGGUAGGAAGGAAUACGUGUAAUUGACUUGAAAGUAAUGAACAUCAGCCUUUGUUAAAAUCACUGAAGAUAUUAUGACAGAGAUUAAUGAAACUAGAACUGGAAUAUUUUUAAUUCUCCUUUUUUAUCUUUUCAAACAGUUUAACGUGGUUGUGGUGACGUUCUGCACUGAUGUAUAGCAAAAUUUCCUUGGCUUUGUUCAAGUUUUGAUAGGAGCCCUGAGUGCUCAAGGUAUCAUCAAGAUGUGGACCUAAUAUCUUCCCCUGAUAAGCUUUUUAUUCAUUUGUUUAAAAAUAUCUUCUGGGUAAGCUAAUAACCUAAUUUUCCCAGUAUGCCAGGAAAGGCAGUGGAUGGAUGACUUGGUGCUUAUUCCAAAGCUCAGUUCUUCACUCAGCUCCUGUUACUGUUACACACUAUGGCUUUUCCUUUAUUCUGUUGGGUAUUUCAGUUAUAUCUCUCAAAAUAAGAAAAGUUUACUAGUGUUAGUCACUGCCUGUCUUUCUCCAAAAGAAGUUCUCAAGGUGCUUUUACUACUUCAUUAUAACAGACAGGACUUGGAAGGGUUGUUUUUUUCAGCUUUAGUGCUAAACUAAGGUAGAGAAGACUGUUGGGGUAAAGCAGACACUUCAGCAAUGGAAUAGGAUUGCCAUUCUUUUGGGAAACCUCAAACUGAGGCAGAGGGCAAAGACAAGUCAUAAAUAGAAUGAUUUUGUUGAACUAUGUAAAUGAAGGUAGUCAAACAGAGUUUUAUACCCGAGUGUUUCACAGUGUUUCAACUCUGUGGUUGGGGGCAAUGUCUGCAGCGGUAACAUAACGUGAAAGGUACAAAGUCCGGUUUUUAUUGCCUAGAAGCUAUUAUUUGCAAUAAAGACAUUGAGACUGUAACCCUUGCAAUAUAUUGUAAAUAUUACUGUACAGAAAUCUGUAAGUUAGAAAUAAAGAUUGUUCUAUAAUACACAUAUUACUUUUCUAGGGAGGUAAAGCCUCGUGUUUGGUGAAAUCAGACAAGCAUACAUUGAUGGGCGUUAAGCAGGAACUUUCUCCUGGGAGAAGGUUGUCCUGUUGUUGCCUCCUGUGAAGUUUCUUACAUCUUCUUUUGAAGCCUGUAAAAUGGAGUACUGGUCAGAUCUGCUAUGCAGCUUUCUAAGUUGUUGUAUUUAUAUAUCCAUAUAAAAAGAUGUGUUUACUAUUGAGUGCAUACAAAUAAAAAUACGACACUGAGAGUUAAUGUUUUUUCUUGAAAAAGUA